GUACUGUGCAGGCACGCUAAUGACUUUCACAGCACUGUUCGUCUGCGAAAGAACCAGCGCUAUUGGGCUAUAUUAGAACCGUAUAGAGAUGCUGAUGGGUAGAGAUGUUUGCAGGGAGGGGAAUGUUCCACCAAGCCAGAGGGAAGGUGUAAUUGAUCCCAGCUGCCGUGAUGAGAACUACUCCCGGUGGGUUAAUCACGUGUCCUCUGAGAAGCGCUUUAGUUUUGAGACGGCAGUGAGUACGAGCACAAUUACCAGUAGGUUAGUUAGUAAGCCUCGUUAGUGUACUUGAACAUCCAUUCAUGGUAAAUGCUAAACAAGCGUUAGCCUAUAGAAAAUAGAACAAUAUACUAUUUUUAAUUUUAAAGCGUCGUCAUAGAUUGAGCGCGCACUUUCUGGCAUCUAGUCUGGUGGAAACUUCUGAGAGAUCAGCGACACCUGUGUCCGUUACUGUUGCCACCACAACAAGACAAGUCAUCCGACCGCGGGCUGUCACUGUCUGCAAGAGCUCCCUCCUGCUUUUCGCCCAAGGCUUUGCUGAUCAGUAGGCUGGAACACACAGGUGACUGACCAGCUUCCCUGGGAUUUGAUGUCGCCUCUAGAUUGGUUCUGCUGAAGAUGGAAACACUGGAGUCUGAGCUCACCUGUCCAAUCUGCCUGGAGUUGUUUGAAGAUCCCCUGCUCUUACCCUGCGCCCACAGCCUGUGUUUCAACUGCGCCCACCGCAUCUUAGUCUCCCACUGCUCGUCCAACAAACCUCUAGAGUCCAUCUCCGCCUUCCAGUGCCCCACCUGCCGUUACGUCAUCACGCUGAACCACCGCGGUCUGGAGGGCCUGAAGCGCAAUGUGACCCUGCAGAACAUCAUCCACCGUUUCCAGAAGGCCUCCGUCAGCGGCCCUAACUCCCCCAGUGAGAGCCGUCGUGCCCCAGGUCUCUCCGGAGGCCACAGGCCCUAUAGCAGCAGCGGAGGAGGAGGCUCCGGCAGCCACAGCGCCCGCUCCAGCCCGGCCCAGCCCUCCUCUCAUCAGCACACUGCCACCAUGUCUCUGGAGCACCGUAUCAGCUGCCAGUUCUGCGAGCAGGACCCGCCGCGCGAGGCAGUCAAGACAUGUGUGACCUGCGAGGUGUCGUACUGCGACCGGUGUCUGCGUGCCACGCACCCCAAUAAGAAGCCGUUUACCAGUCACCGGUUGGUGGAGCCGGUGCAUGACGCUCACAUGAGAGGCCUCACCUGUCUGGAGCAUGAGAAUGAGAAGGUUAAUAUGUACUGCAUCGUGGAUGACCAGCUGAUAUGUGCCCUGUGUAAGCUGGUGGGACGACACAGAGAACAUCAAGUCUCCUCUCUCAGCGAACGCUUCGACAAACUCAAGGCUUUUCAAGUGAGUCCUGGCAGAGUAUCUGACGCGGUAUUGGAGGCAUCAAAGACAAGCGCUGCGCAAACCCUGGAGAACAACCUCACCAACCUGGUGAAGAGAAACAGUGAGCUGGAGAACCAGAUGGCCAAACUCAUCCAGAUCUGUCAACAGGUUGAGGUGAACACAGCGAUGCACGAGGCCAAGCUAGUGGAGGAGUGUGAUGAGCUUGUAGAGAUCAUACGCCAGAGGAAACAGAUCAUCGCUGUCAAGAUCAAGGAGUCCAAGGUGAUGAAGCUGCGUAAACUGGCCCAGCAGAUGGCUAACUGCAGACAGUGUCUGGAACGUUCCGGAGCCCUCAUCACCCAGGCAGAACACAGCCUGAAGGAGAACGACCACGCUCGCUUCCUACAGACCGCCAGGAACGUGGCCGAGAGGGUUGCCAUGGCCACAGCCUCAUCCCAGGUGCUGAUUCCAGAUGUGAACCUGAACGAAGCCUUUGAUAACUUUGCCCUGGACUUCUCCCGAGAGAAGAAGAUCCUAGAGGGACUGGACUACCUGACAGCUCCCAGUCCUCCCUCCAUACGGGACGAGCUGUGUACCGCCUCCCACGACACCAUCACUGUUCACUGGACGUCUGAGGACGAGUUCAGCGUCACCUCCUACGAACUGCAGUACACCAUCUACACCGGCCAGACCAACUUCAUCAGUCUCUAUAACAGUGUGGACAGUUGGAUGAUUGUCCCCAACAUCAAGCAGAACCACUACACGGUGCACGGCCUGCAGAGUGGAACACGUUAUGUCUUCUUUGUCAAGGCCAUCAACCAGGCAGGCAGCCGCAACAGCGAACCAGCCCGCCUCAAAACCAACAGUCAGCCUUUUAAGCUGGAUCCGAAGACGGCCCACAAGAAGCUGCGUCUGUCCAACGACUGCCUGACCAUGGAGAAAGACGAGAGCUCCCUGAAGAAGAGCCACACGCCAGAACGCUUCAGUGGCACGGGGUCGUACGGAGCAGCAGGAAACGUCUUCCUCGACAGCGGCUGUCACUACUGGGAGGUGCUGCUGGGCGCCUCCACCUGGUACGCUGUGGGCGUGGCUUACAAGUCAGCCCCUAAGAACGAGUGGAGUGGUAAGAACUCCUCCUCCUGGGUGUUCUCCCGCUGUAACAACAACUUCAUGGUGCGUCACAAUGGCAAGGAGAUGCUGGUGGAGGCCAGCCACCAGCUCCGACGUCUGGGAGUCCUUCUGGACUACGACAACAACUCCCUGUCCUUCUACGACGCCAUGAACUCCCAACACCUGCACACCUUCGAGGUCAGCUUCCUGCUCCCCGUGGCGCCCACCUUCAUGAUCUGGAACAAGUCCGUGAUGAUCCUGUCGGGGCUUCCGGUGCCGGACUUUGUGGACUGCCCUGAGGAACACCAGGAGGGGAUGAUGACCCUGUGUCGUCAGCAGGAGUCACCCUACAUGUCGGGUCUGAAGGGCUGUCACUGAGUCCGGGACUGGGGGGAUUCCCAGUCCCGGAGACCGACAAGGGCUUGGACUGGACUCUGAACUGGGCUGGGCUAGACUCACUUACUUCCUGAGCCAAUGGGGUUGAAUCUUUCUUCUCCUCAGCUUCCUACUUCCUCCUCUUCCUCAUUUUACCCAGCUUUCCUUCUUUUCUCUUCAUGGGUGGUUUGUUACAUUACCUACUACUUGUCUCAGUGUGAGGAUGUGUGUUGUUGUUUAUGAUAUUUACAAAUCAACACAGAAGCUUGACUUGCAUUGUGUGACUACUAGUCUUGUAUUAUAAGAAACUUUAUUGAUCAUGAUUGAAUAGAGGAAAACAUGUUAAUUAUUUAUGAAUAAUAAGUUGGUUUGCUUUUAUUUUCUUCUCAAUGUAUUCAUGGGACACUUUUUAGAUUGGUCUUUAUUUCCUCAGUGUUUAAAAGAAAGACAGAAAAUGUAUUUGGACAUGGUUGUUCUUCCUCUAGAUAGCAUAGUGGAUUUAUCUUCUAUAGAAAUGGGAUAAGAUGAUGAGGUUUAUGCGAUUUUUAACACAGUGAAGUUAACAAAACUGACGGAUAAAAAAAUUACGAAAGUUUAAUAUUCAAGGGAGGGAAGAGAGGGUUAUAACAUUCGAUUUGCUAUCGGUUUUGAUGUCAUAGCAUGAUCUGUAUUUCCUCUGUGAUUGGUUCACACUUCAUGUUUUGUUUAGUUCUGUUUUGCUGUGAGAAAAGCAUGCUGCAUUAUAGGAUCCCACUUCACUGCCCUUCACUGGUUCACUUCCAGGUUAUCAUGAGGUAAUUCUUGACUCCUGACCUAUAGAAUCCCUCACUGGUUCAUUUCCAGGUUAUCAUGAGGUAAUUCUUGACUCCUGACCUAUAGAAUCUCUCACAGUCACCACGGAGCUCCACCACCUCCCCUCACAUCCAAUCCUUGGUCGAGGUUUACCUAUUCAAAAAAGGGGUGUGUUGUUAUUGGCCGUUGAUUUGUAUAAAGUCCCAAGACAAUGUAGAUCUGUAAUUUGUCUACCAGUUACCAUCCCGAUAGUCUAUCUCUCAUAGAAACCAUCCGAUUUCUAUUCAAGAAAAUCCCAAAACAUUUCCCCAGAUAUGGUUAAGAUUCCACAGAGAAGACCUUGUCCAUCUAUGACAUCAUUCAAAAUAAGUAAAGCGUUACAUCACCAAAUACGUAGUAUUUAUUUGGGCUUUUUUUUUUUGUUUACGGCUUUGGUGGUGUGGACUAUGAUUUUAAAUGAUUUUCCUCUGAUUUAAAUUUCAGGGAUUGAAUACGUAGUGGGUCUGAUCAAGACAAUCAAUAGUUAUAUUUAUUAUGCAGAGAAAACAGAAAGUAGUGUGUAGCUGAACUAGCAUGAUGUAAUACUUUAGAUACUAACUGUGUUAACUUACUGAAAACCAACGGGUGUUUUUUUUGUUCAUCGAAUUAAACGUAGUAGUGAAGAUAUUGGGAACAGACAGACUCGUACUACUGAUGACGCCACCGUCCUGAUGCCGGUAUUUAGGACGUAUAAAGGUAUUUACUGCUUGUCCCAAAUGGCACUCUAUUCCCUAUAUAGUGCACUACUUUUGAAUGUAAAACAAAAAAAUUAUGCACUAUGUAGGGAAUAGGGUGCCAUUUCAGACACAGGAUUUAGUUUUCCAUGCUAAAUGUCAUAUUUCCUGUUUUUUUAAGUUCCUGUUUUUAAUUCGAAAGUACAAACUAACCAUCAGGCAGAUUUGUCUUUGGCACCGUGAAAGUGGGAGACGGAGAGACAGACCUAUGAAUGGAUCUGUAACUAACUGGUCCAUCCUCAAGCAUCUUCAAAGAAACAAUAGCUACUUUAAGGCUGGAGUGAGUCUUGAGUUCCAUUAUGGACCCAACAGAACACAGCGGUUCAAUAGUAAGACGAGAAUGGUGAGUUCCAUUAUGGACCCAACAGAACACCAGUUCAAGCCGAUGAGAAUGGUGAGUUCCAUUAUGGACCCAACAGAACACCAGUUCAAGCCCAUGAGAAUGGUGAGUUCCAUUAUGGACCCAACAGAACACAGCGGUUCAAUAGUAAGAUGAGAAUGGUGAGUUCCAUUAUGGACCCAACAGAACACCAGUUCAAGCCCAUGAGAAUGGUGAGUUCCAUUAUGGACCCAACAGAACACAGCGGUUCAAUAGUAAGAUGAGAAUGGUGAGUUCCAUUAUGGACCUAACAGAACACCAGUUCAAGCCGAUGAGAAUGGUGAGUUCCAUUAUGGACCUAACAGAACACCAGUUCAAGCCGAUGAGAAUGGUGAGUUCCAUUAUGGACCCAACAGAACACAGCGGUUCAAUAAUAAGAUGAGAAUGGUGAGUUCCAUUAUGGACCCAACAGAACACAGCGGUUCAAUAGUAAGACGAGAAUGGUGAGUUCCAUUAUGGACCUAACAGAACACCAGUUCAAGCGGAUGAGAAUGGUGAGUUCCAUUAUGGACCCAACAGAACACAGCGGUUCAAUAAUAAGAUGAGAAUGGUGAGUUCCAUUAUGGACCCAACAGAACACAGCGGUUCAAUAGUAAGAUGAGAAUGGUGAGUUCCAUUAUGGACCCAACAGAACACAGCGGUUCAAUAGUAAGAUGAGAAUGGUGAGUUCCAUUAUGGACCCAACAGAACACAGCGGGUCAAUAAUAAGAUGAGAAUGGUGAGUUCCAUUAUGGACCCAACAGAACACAGCGGUUCAAUAGUAAGACGAGAAUGGUGAGUUCCAUUAUGGACCCAACAGAACACAGCGGUUCAAUAAUAAGACGAGAAUGGUGAGUUCCAUUAUGGACCCAACAGAACACAGCGGUUCAAUAGUAAGAUGAGAAUGGUGAGUUCCAUUAUGGACCUAACAGAACACCAGUUCAAGCCGAUGAGAAUGGUGAGUUCCAUUAUGGACCUAACAGAACACCAGUUCAAGCUGAUGAGAAUGGUCUUCCAUUUAAAGAGCUAGCUGAAUACUGGACUCAAGAGGUCAGAGGUCUUUUAAAUAACACUGCUUGGAUUAUAACAGGUGGUAACACUUCACCGUAGACCCCCUUACGUAUGCAUUCAUAAAGCCUUUAUAACAGCUACAUAAGACAUAACAUCAGUUAAAUGCUGUUAUUAAGGGUAAUAUCAGUAUUGACUGAAGCGGAGGUGUUUGUGCUCUCAUUUCUCUAGCAGCAGAUUUGGGAAUGUUAGCCCUUACAAAAAAAAAGAUUGCCGUUUUUAAAACUGCAGUAAAAGUGUAGUAACUACAGUCGAUUGUGGUAUUUUGGAUGCAGUGAUUGCAGAAUAACUGCAGUUACACUGCAAAAUUACUGCAGUAAAAAAAAAGUCUUAUUUUGGACGCAGUAUUUGCAACGUACUACAGUUAUACUGCAUUCUAACUACAGUUAUACUACAGUGUACUGCAGAUAUACUGCAUUCUAACUACAGUUAUACUACAGUGUACUGCAGAUAUACUGCAUUCUAACUACAGUUAUACUACAGUGUACUGCAGAUAUACUGCAUUCUAACUACAGUUAUACUACAGUGUACUGCAGAUAUACUGCAUUCUAACUACAGUUAUACUACAGUGUACUGCCGUUAUACUGCACUCUGACUGCAAUCUUUUUCCGUAAGGGACGUUUCUUGAAUUAUCAGAAAGACGAUCAAUUUGAAGAAAACAUCAGAGGUGAAAACUGUGGCUACUGAUUCCUGGGCUGAACUGACAAGAUACGUUGUACAAGAAGUGCAUUUGACUGGGUCACCUACCGCAUGCAUGACUUGGUUCAUACAGUCUGUGUAUCUCACAAAGGUUUUUAUAGAAACACAUUCAUCACAAAAUGUCCAUUUGAAAUAGACAACUUUAUUGAGACGUCUGUGUUCAUGCAUAUCAUCCAGGUAGUUUUGCUGUGCUUUGUGCUACUACUACUACUACCGGGAUCAAUAAACAUACUGAGAAUAA